GUCUCUCUCUCUCUCUCUCUCUCUCUCUUCCAUUUCAGUUUUUCUUACAUGGGUUUUUCUCCAAACAUCAAAAGAUGAGCAUGGUUGAUUUGUUUUUUGUUUUUCCAUUUUUCUAUUGAUUUGAAUUUGUAGGUUGGUAGAAUGGUAGGAUUUCAAUCGUUCUGGUAAUUUUUGGCCUGGGGUCGUUUUCUGCAUUGUCGGCAUUCGAACGUCCAUAUAAAGAAGUGAUUUUUAUUUUUUUAAUUAGAUUAUUGGAAAUACAGUGUGUUUGGUUGGUUAGAGUGUAGGAAUCAAGAAGCGGUUAGUGGAGUUGGGGAAUUGGGUGCAGUUGGGGAUCAGGCAGGACUGUUUUUGGGCACUGAGUGGAGUUUUGCAUUUGGGUUUUUCUUGGUUUUGCAAUUAGGGGGAUGUUUGUUUGGAUCCGGUGAGAUUGGAAUGCAGGUCGAAUAUCUAUUUCGAUGAUUCGUGUGAGUGGGCGAUUGAAUUGGUUUUAGUUGGAUUGAUGAUGAAUGGGCAAUGCAGAGAAGUUUUCUUAUGACUGAGCAGUGAUCUUUGAGCAUUUGAGAAGUUGAGAGAUUGUAAUUGAGAGGAUUUGUUUUUCAUGCUGUGAUCUGUUUCUUCAUCUGGGUAUUUCUUGGGCCUCUGGUUGGUGGGAAGCUUGUUUCGAUCUGAGGAGGAUUCACAAUGGGAGUAUGGGUGGAUUUUGAUUUUGAGAAUGUGGAGUGCAGAAAGCGUGGUAGAAUCGAUUGAUGAUUGGUGAAUGAAUCAAAGGUUUUUAAAGAUUGUGGUGAGACCUUUACAUGGGAAAAUAUUGCAGAUUCAAUGUUUAGGAAUAUAUAUUGCCGUACUCUCGUUGUUUGUCACUGAAGGCGGGGUCCGUACCAAAUGUCAAGGCCUCCUCUUGCAGCAUUAAUCGGAGGCGCUGUAGGAGUUGUCGUACUUGUUGGGAUAGUAGUUUUAUUAGUAUGGUUUUGCUUAUUGCAUAACAGGAGUGUUUCAAGAACUUCGGAAAAUGGCUCUUCAGAUUCAUCUAUUCAAGCAGGACGAAGUGUUGGUGCAGAAUCGUCUCAGAGGGGGCGUGUUCCUCUUCCAUCCGACUCACGAGAAGCGACGCCUUUUGUGCUGGAAGAAUUGGGACUGGCUACAAAGAAUUUCAGUGAUAUCAAUUUGAUUGGGCAAGGAAAAUUUGGAGAAGUGUACAAGGGUUUGCUUCAUGAUGGGAUGAUCGUGGCUAUUAAAAAGCGGUACGGUCCACCUAGUCAGGAAUUUAUCGAACAGGUUCAUUACCUGUCAUCUAUUCGGCAUCGCAAUGUUGUGAAUCUUCUGGGUUACUGCCAAGAAAACGAUCAACAAAUGCUUGUUUAUGAAUAUAUACCCAGUGGCAGCGUUUCAAGUCACUUAUAUGGUGUGAGCCAGCCCUCCAGUGAAAAGCUAGAAUUCAAACAUAGGCUUUCGAUAGCUCUAGAAGCAGCUAAAGGUUUGGCUUACCUACAUGGUCUGACUCCUCCUUUAAUACAUAAGGACUUCACGACAACAAAUGUCCUUGUGGAUGAAAACUUCAUAGCUAAGGUUGCUGAUGCCGGGCUUAGAAAUUUACUUAGCAGAAUUGAGGCAGCAGGUCCAUCUUCUCAAAUGAUGGCUGAUAACGCUUUCCUUGAUCCAGAGGUCAGAGAGUAUGGAAGAUUCUCCGAGAAGAGUGAUGUAUAUAGUUUUGGGGUGUUCCUUUUGGAGCUAGUAAGUGGGCGGGAAGCUAGAUCACAAAUUUCAGAAUCUGAUCAGCGCUUGGUUGAAUGGGCACAAAGCUAUCAGGACGCGAGCAACAUUGCUGCCAUUAUCGAUCCUAGAUUGAGUGACAAUUUCACAGCCGAAGGCAUCAAAGAUUUUAUACACCUGACAGCCCAAUGCAUGAACCCGUCGAGCGAGAGACGCCCCAACAUGAAUAACGUGGUGACAGAGCUCGACCACAUACUAGAAAGGGAAAUGAGCUUGACGACGGUCAUGGGUGAGGGCACUCCUACCGUGACGCUUGGGAGCCAGCUAUUUACAGCAUCAAGGUGACGGAAAGAGCCUAUAGAGCUUGCUUGUGGGCACCUCGUGCGUGGUUUUCAGAUUGUAGAUUGGAGUUCAGCUGCUCAGUAAGUGUAUAAAAUAACAGCUGCAGUAUUUUUUAUUUUUUAUUAAUUUCUUUUUUUCAUAAGCAUCUGUGAAAUGGUGUUGUAUUUGUUUACCAUGAUUUUAUUGUUAAAUAUCAUUUGAGAGACUGGGUGUUGGUGUGAAUUCAAAAUACAUACGUAGUUCUGUUCA